AUGCAGGUCGAACAGCCAAAACCAGAAUCGAGAUUAAGAAGACUCUUUUCCAAACGACCACAAUCAUGGUUUGCAUCGUCGGACCUCUCCGAAACCAUGCCCUCAAACGGAAGAUAUUCAGUCGAUAUGGAGAACAUUCAGAUAUCUCAAAAUACCUCUCCAGCUCGUGCAUACUCUCUUAACAGCCUGCCGCGGGGAUCCUCUCGCCAGCCUGCAACAAACACCAAAGAAAAGACUCUCGUUGAACCUUUUGAUUCAGAGAACCAAAAAAUAAGCUCUCUACCAACUUCUAUCCCAGCAAGAAGAACAAGCCGGUUUUACACUCAGGAUCCUGCUGCACAGGCAAAACUUGACGAAGUCUUGUCCAGUGACCGAAUGAUCCUGCUCUCCAAACAAAUCAGACGCUCAUUUAGUACUGGAAUCACAAUGACCUAUUAUUUCCAUAUCAUCAGAAUAACAGAAUACCAGAAUACCAAAGUACUAGAAUAUCAAGAGUAUCAGAAUAUCAAACCACAAAGAAUACAUUACCAAGUUAAAGAAAAACAGCUAGUCUCUAGUGAAACUUAUUCACAAAGUUGCUUAUUCAAUUGCAUUAUGGCGUGUGAAUAG